GCGAGACAACAGAGAAGCCGUGGCCGCCGCGACUAUACCUAUGCGUCCCGAGUAGCGUCGAUUCCGUCGGGUUUUCGUAAGCAAAGGCUGUGAAACAAUAACAAAUUUUUCAUCAAUUAUACAACGAACAGUAUGAGCGAACUCGUGUGGGGAAUUAAAAACGGCGACCUCGAUCAGGUUCGCGAUAACAUCGAAAAUAAGGAUAUUGAUGUCAAUCAGAUGAUUGAUGGCAGGACACCGCUGCAUUAUGCAGCUGAUUAUGGACAAACUGAAGUACUGAGGUACCUUAUGGAUAAAGGUGCAGAUCUCAAUGCUACAGACAAGCAUGGAAUAACAGUACUGUUAGCAGCAAUAUGGGAAGGUCACACCAAUUGCGUCAAGUUGUUAUUGGAGAAAGGAGUGAAGACAGAUGGGAAAACUCCAGAUGGUGCAAGUUACUUGGAUGCCGCCGAAAAAGAUGAAAUUAAGGAACUUCUCAAAACUCACUAGCACCAAAGCAAACAAAACAGAGAGACAUGUGGAUUUUGUUAUUUAAGAACAUUCAUGUUCCUUAUAGGAUACUUGCAACUGCUUCAUUCUUAAUUAUUACUGCAUUAUAUGGCUAAGACCACUGAUUUCUUUCAAGUUUACAUAGUAGGGAGUAGUGUGCUAAUGAUUGUGAGAUACAAUUUUAAACAAAAAUCAAGAAAAAUAGAAUUUUACUUCAGUGUACUAUAGAAGCAGAUUUUAAUAAUUGUAAGCAGUGAUUUUAAAAAAAAUUGUUUAAGACGAGCCCUGAUCAAUAUUAAACAAUUUUGUAAUACCUCAGAUUUUAAGGAAUACUCGAUAAUGAAACGAAUUUUUGUUGUCAAAUUAACGAGAGUUAUAAAAAAAUACGUGUUUUUGAGUACAAUACAAGUAGUAUGUGAUUUAAUAUAGGAAACAGAACUAACGAAUUAAGCAUUUGUACUUUCCAUUUGUCUUAAAAAAAACCAGCAUCAUUUUUACUCUUCCAUACGUGAAUGACAGACUGGUCAAAAUUUCUAAGACAUUUUUCCAAUCUAUAUUUUUUGUAAUUCACAUGUUACUUGUUGUAAACUUAUAUUUUUAAUGUGUAUAUCAAUGAAAGUUUGCAGUAAGUAUUCGCGAAACUACCUAGAGUCAAUACCUUUAAUAUUGUUUUACACAUUUCGUUAGCAAUUAGAUUAAGUUCUAUAGAAGAUAAGAUGCGUUCAAUUAAUUCGAGUGCAAGUAGCACCUGCAAAGUUUUAAGUGAGACAAUUCAAUGUUAUAAACUCCCGAUAUCCUUAUUAUUUCUAAUAUUUCUUAAAUUUUAAAUUAUAAUAAAAAAUGAUCUUUAAAAAAAAAAAAUGGAAAAGCGGAAAAUUGUAUAAUAACAGAGUAUAAAA